CGCCUAGAGUCGGAAGUUACGACACAUUGACAUUUUCAGCCUUUUGGUGGGAAAAUGAAUGCUCACUUGCGCAUAUCUAACGUUAAAUUCAAGUGGUCGUUAUAUAAAUCGAGAUAUUUACUGUAGCGAUAAAAGUACUGUGUUAAAUGUGAAGCAUAAAACAUCGUGGGAGAUUAUUGCGCUGCAGCCUUUCACGAGUGUUGAAUGAUCCGACAUAUAUGGGAAAGUUCACUGUCUUUUGUUUAUUAGCAUGCUAUCUGGUUAGUCAGGAGUCGCUCUAUCGCUGUUCUGCAACAAAGUGAGUUUUUUGUAGUGCCACGAAAAGCAAUCUGGGUGUGGUUUAGGGUUAGGUUGUACGUCGUAUUUUCUAAAACGCCCUGUUGACGGAAAUUAACUGAAAAUUAAUCGCAUUUCGAGAAACGGCAAGACAAUCAUGCCAGAAAUUCAACUCAAGCAUGUAAUUUCUUGCUCCACCGAGGACAGCACUCAUAAAGCAGACAAUCUGCUGAGCUCAGACACAUACAGAAAGUGGAAAGCAGCAAAACCCGGUGAGAAGCAGACGUCCGUCAUCCUCCAGUUUGAAAAAGAGGAGCAGGUCCACAGUAUUGAUAUUGGGAAUGAAGGAUCAGCUUUCAUCGAGGUGUUGGUUGGGAAUUCUUCAGCUGUCAAAGACCAGGACUAUGAGGUACUUCUUGUCACAUCUUCCUUCAUGUCCCCCACCGAGAGCCGCAAUGGCACCAACAUGAACCGGGUUCGUUUCUUCGGACCCAACCAGUUGCAGAAGAGCACCGCUCAAGAGAAGUGGGACAGGGUGAAAAUUGUGUGCACCCAGCCGUACAGCAAGAACAUUGCAUAUGGCCUUGCUUUUGUCAAGUUCCACUCACCACCUGAUAAAAUCGAUCCUCCGACCUCCUCCCCUAAACUGACAAAGCUGGGACAGUUCAGGGUGAAAGAUGAGUCUCCUUCAUCUGUGCCCAGCCUUCAACCUGGUAGCCUCUUCUUCAACCGAGACAAUGCAACAAAGCCAAGCACUUCACUCAAAGUGUCUCCACAGAGUGACAAGCUGAGCUAUGCUGCUGCUGCUCUGCAGGCAGGAAGUAGCUCUCAAUCACCAGGUCAAGCUUCCACCUCCAUCUCUGCCUCACCACAGCCACCAGCAAAAAGGAAGUUUGAGUUCAGCAAAGAACGACAGUCUCCCUCUGGACCUCCUCCGACAAAGAGAGUGAGUUCUGGGGGCUCGCCUGAGACCAAAGCUGUGACCCCUAAAUACAAACCAAGUCCUGUCAGCACGCCAAGCCCAAGCACUGCCAAAGCAUCAUCAGCAAAGAAAUCUGCUGAGAAGAAGAAGGAGAGCCAAUCCAAACCAGAACCAAAGCCCAAACCCAAGACAAAAUCCGACAGCGAGCAGCAGGUCCCAUUGAACCGGAUCUUGGAGGGUGUUGUGUUUGUUCUGAGCGGCUUCCAGAACCCCUUCAGAGGGGAGCUGAGAGAAAAAGCGCUUGAAAUGGGAGCCAAGUACCGGCCCGACUGGACACCUGACUCCACACAUCUUAUUUGUGCCUUCGCCAACACCCCCAAGUACAGCCAGGUGAAAUCAGCAGGCGGCAUCAUUGUCCGGAAAGAAUGGGUGAUGGACUGCCAUAAGAGGAAACAGAAGAUUUCACAUAAACGCUACUUGAUGGAUGGGGCGGAGUCCAGCUCCGAGAGCGAAACGGAUGGCGACGACCAGAGUGAGGAGGAAAUCGAAACUAAGAUUCCACAGAAGCAGGUGAAACAAGUCACCCCGAAAAAGACACCAGAAAAAAAGGAUGAGGAUGAUGAAUAUGGAGCCUCAACUGACGUGGAUGAAUCAGGUAAAGAAGAUGAAGGUGACGAUGAAUCGGGAGUAGAUACAGAAGACGAGCUGCAGAGGGUGGAGAGCAAACAGAAGAAAGCAGCUGCAAAAGAAUCAUCAGUGAAAGAAGAGGAUCCAUAUGGGGGGUCGACAGAUGAAAACACAGAUGCUGAAGCGGAAGAGGAUCAUCCCAUCCCUGAGCUGCCAGAUUUUCUUCACGGAAAGCACUUUUUCCUUUAUGGAAAAUUUCCAAACAACGAGAGGCGACUACUUUUACGGUACAUCGUUGCCUUUAACGGAGUGAUCGAGGAGUACAUGUCAGAUAAAGUGCAGUUUGUCGUGACAAGCGGCGGAUGGCACGAGUCCUUUGAGGAUGCGCUGAUGGAGAAUUGCAACCUGAACUUUGUGAAGCCUGCAUGGAUUUAUGCGAUCAAUGAACGUCAGAAAAUGCUGCCCUACCAACCAUACACUGUUGUGCCCUGAAAAAUACACUAUAAGCGCACUCUGAGGAGUCUGGCACACUCUCUUCCAGUCCUGGUGAAAAUGCAAAUGGGAAAAGUCAUAGUUCUUUUUCUGAUUAGCCAUUUCCAAUGAGCAAUAAACCAUUAAGUGUUCACUUAUAUUUUUUACACUGACUUAUGUGAUGGUAAUAAAAUAACUUCAGGUGUUUUCUCCAGAGAGCUGGGACUAAAAUGCUUAUUAAAUCAUCUCCCUUGAGUUAAGCGAUAGAUUAGUUAUAGAUUUAUUUUUAUUUGCCCUUUCUCAUAUGAGUUGUUCAUCACAGUCAGGUGAGAAAGACUCAUCCUUCAUGUGAAGCUCAUCUCCUGGACAAUAGGAAAAGAAGCAAAGUCCCUGAUUCAGGCCUUGUUGGAGUUUCGCGAUCUAAACGCAGCUACUGUCUGCCUCUGCUCUCCACUGCAACCUCAGGCUACAGGACUGGAAUGAGUAAUGAUGCUGUCCUGACUGCCAGUGGCACUGAUAAGAGACUCAAUGUUGCAGACUGUUAGACUUUAUGAGAUCAACCCAAAGUCAAGUGAAAGGUUGAGGUUACUUAAUGCUGCAGUCAAGAAUUGGAAAAAGUUAUAUCAGGAAUACAGGAGUCUAAUAAAAAUGAAUUCCUGAGUAGGGGUGGGUUUGUUUUCUGUUUUAUUUUCUGUUCAACGACUGCUUUCUUUGUGUUUGGAAAAGACGAGCUCGUGUAAUAAAAAGACAGUCUGGAUUUUA